UGAGCUCUGUAUAUAUUUAAUGAGCUCCUGUUUAAAAGACCAUUAGCUCUCCAUCUCACAGGUAGGCACGUUGGCAACGAGAAAUACCCAAGGCGCCUGCCUGGCUUUAUCCUAACGACAGGAAGGUGUUUCCUGUCUUAGGUGUGGUGGUGGUGGGUUGACUAAACGCUGCAUUUUGCAAUUGUUGCAACAGGUAGACGCAGCCUCACAUGUGACUCACAUGUCACUCAGGUGCGUUCGGGCUCAUCAGUGAGGAGAGGAGGAACAGUAUGCGCGUUUCUGGCCAAACAUCAUAAAACUCAGACUUGGGUGGAGACGACAUGAUGUGGCUUAAUGACAACUACACUCCGGUGCCUGCCAACGACAAGGAACCGGAUGGGGCCACACCGGACAUACCUCUGAAGCCACUGAAUGCUGCAGAUGAAUCAUCCCACAUUAAGAAACUGGGGCCUUACUUCCAUGAUGGCCUGCGACGGAUAGAUUAUGUGAUGACCUACCACGUCCAGAAGCCCAGUGGCCUGAGGCGCCAGUCCUCGCGCUCGUUCGUGCGGUCCAUGAGGGAGAGCCUGAGCCGCAGUUUCAGACGUGCGCGGGCCCCGGAGCCACAGGAGGACCCCGAAAUCGCCGCCCAGUCCCACCAGGCAGACUACCAUGAGGACGACAAGCGUUCCCGACGGGAGGAGUUUGAGGAGAACCUCCGCGAGAUGGGGCUGGAGCUGGAGAAAGAUGAAGGGACAACGAUACCUGGUGUGGGGUUCCUGAAGAUCCAUGCACCAUGGGAAGUGCUGUGUAGGGAGGCGGAGUUUAUGAAAUUGAAGAUGCCAACCAGAAAGACAUAUGACGUCAAGCAAGGCAGCAACAUUGUUGAGAAGAUCAACCUUUUUAUUCAUAAAGUGACAGAACCAUUGCAUCCAAAAGUCGAAGAGAGCAAGAUUCAGACUGUGAAACAUUUGUGCUACCCCUUCUCCAGAGAGCGACAACACUUGUUUGAUCUAUCGGACAAAGACUCCUUCUUCAGCAGUAAAACCAGGAGCUCUAUAGUGCAUGAAGUGUUGAAAAGAACAAAGUGUACACGUGCAAAAUACCUCAUGGGCCUAAAUAGCCUGCUCGGAAGUGGAGUUUACACCUCAGCUUUCCCACUACACGAUGGAGGCAUUGAGGGAGUCCGUGCAGAGCCCAAUGACCGCAAGAUCUUGUAUGAGCAGUGGGCCAGUUACAGCAUUUUCUACAAGUACCAACCCAUUGGCCUCAUCAGGAAGUACUUUGGGGAGAAAGUGGCACUGUAUUUCGCCUGGUUGGGGGUGUACACUCAGAUGCUGAUCCCAGCUGCCAUCGUGGGUGUGAUCGUGUUCCUGUACGGCUGUGCCACUGUAGACGACAACAUCCCCAGUAUGGAGAUCUGUGACCCUCGGAACAACAUCACCAUGUGUCCCCUGUGUGACCGUGCCUGUAGUUACUGGAAGCUUGUGACUGCAUGUGGCACGGCCAGGGCAAGUCACCUGUUUGACAACCCAGCCACCGUAUUUUUCGCCAUCUUCAUGGCACUAUGGGCCACCAUGUUCAUGGAGCACUGGAAGCGCCGGCAGAUGAGGCUCAACUACAUCUGGGACAUGGCUGGCUGCGAGGAGCAGGCGCUCUGCACCGAACAUGUGCGACCUGAUUAUGAGUUUAGAGUCAUGCAGAAGACACUUCGCAAAGAGUCCUCAAGCUCAAAGGGGGAUGAAAAGGAGAAGCUGACCUGCACAGACAGAAUGCCAGCCUACGUAACCAUCCUCAUCAUGAUGGCCUUCAUGAUCACGGUGACGUUUGCAAUCGUGUUCGGGGUGGUGCUUUACCGUAUCUCCAUCAAGACGGCGCUCCACAUGAGCUCCACGCCCACCUUCCGCUCCAACGUGCGUGCCACCGUCAAAUCCACAGCCGCCGUCAUCAACCUCAUCAUUAUCAUCAUCAUGGAUGAGAUCUACGGCGCCUUGGCCCGAUGGCUUACUGUGCUAGAGGUUCCAAAGACGGACAAGAGCUUUGAGGGGAGGCUCAUCUUCAAGACGUUUGUUUUAAAGUUUGUGAAUGCCUUCACACCAAUAGUCUACCUGGCCUUCUUCAGGGGAAGGCUUGUUGGGCGCCCUGGCAAGUACCUGUAUGUGGUGGGAAAUUACCGCAUGGAGGAGUGUGCCCAUGCCGGCUGCCUGAUGGAGUUGUGCAUCCAGCUCUGCAUCACCAUGCUCGGCAAGCAGCUCAUUCAGAACAACCUGUUUGAGAUCGGCAUUCCUAAACUGAAGAAGAUGAUGCGGCGGAGGAAGACCAAACUGGCCACACAGGAGGAGGAGGAGCUGAAGAAAACAUGGCAGCAGCACGAGAAAGAUCACUUCCUCGGACCCUUCGUUGGCCUCAACCCAGAGUACAUGGAGAUGAUCAUCCAGUUUGGCAUGGUGACGUUGUUUGUGGCCUCCUUCCCCCUGGCUCCACUCUUCGCUCUGCUCAACAACAUCAUUGAGAUCCGACUGGACGCCAAAAAGUUUGUCACAGAGUUGAGGAGACCUCUCCCAUCAAGGGCCAAGGAUAUUGGUAUUUGGUACAACCUCCUGAGGGGUCUCAGCAAAGUUGCCGUCAUUGUCAAUGCAUUCGUGAUUGCCUUCACAUCUGACUUCAUCCCGCGGCUGGUGUACCAGUACACCUACAGCCCAGACGGUACCCUGCACGGCUUCAUCAACCACACCCUCUCCUACUUCAACGUCUCAGACUUCCAGUCCUCAACUGAACCUCUGGAGCCGAUGCACCUGGGCUACAAGGUCGAGCUUUGCAGGUAUAAGGACUACAGAGACCCCCCGUGGUCAGACACGCCCUAUGAUCUCUCCAGAGAAUUCUGGGCCAUACUUGCGGCACGACUCGGAUUUGUUAUUAUAUUCCAGAACGCGGUGAUGCUGAUGAGCGACUUCAUCGACUGGCUGAUCCCAGACAUCCCCAAGGACAUCAGCCAGCAGCUGCAGAAGGAGAAGGCGCUGAUCGUGGAGCUCUUCAUGAAGGAGGAGCGCGGCAAGAAGAUCCGCCUGGCCCACAACAACGAGCAGAGCCCGUCGCUCCCACGCUCACGUCUCAACUCCCACUCGCACAGCAACUGUUAGCACCUGGCUACGGCUGCUGCUGCUGCUGCUACUGUUACAAUGCUGUACAGUAGACUACAACACGUCUCCCACGCCCACGCUCUGAAAUGGAUGAACUGUUACAGGAAUACGGGCAGUAGUAGGUGUAGCAGGUGCUUACUAUAUUAAGAAUGGUUGGUGUGAAUGGAGGAUUGGUGAAUGGACCGAUUUGAGCAUCUUGUUUGAAGUAGUGUCACUGGAUGAACAUACAGAAAGCCAUUUUCCCGUUGAGCAUAGGGCAAACAAAGUCAUUGUCAUAGAUCUGUUACUUAAAAGGCAAAAACCUGAUCAAAUCGUGUAAUAUAGCACAUCGUACAUUACUAUUUUUUAAUGUUGAAGUCACUACAUACAUUUAGAGCUUGAUUUUAGAUACAUGAAAACUGAUAAUUGUUUUUUUAUAUAGGAUGCAUUCGUAGAAACAAAAUUGUGUAGGAUGUCUUCGACUUUCCUUUUUUAUACAGCUGAAAUUAACAUUGAGCACAAUUUAAGACACAUGGCCACAGCACAAGGACACAUUCAGGGAGGUCCCGAAAAGUGGCUGUGGUGAUAUUCCACCAAUUACUACUAAAAGUUAUCAAUUACUUCUAACUUAGCUCGUUUAAGUAGUGAAAUUAUUCCUACUCUGAAAUAGUCAGCAUUCUCUAGGUAGAAUUUCAGCUCAACGCUCUUAAGAUAGAACCGGUGUGCUUCUUUUGUGUGUGUGGCCAUGUCUUGUUGUUGUUGUUGACAUGUUGCAUAGGAAGGAUGAAGAGGAUGAAGGUUGAAGAGUCUGACUGAGCUCAGCCAUGAAAUAUUUAUACCUGUUCUGUCAAGCCAUUAGCAACUCUUAGCAUCUCUGCACUUUACCUUUCGCCAUUUUACUCACUGGGGACACUUUGCCUACUGCUAUUUCUGUCAAUAGGAACACUGUACCUAUACCACCCCCUUCAGAGAGAUGUUUGUGCCUACAGCUAUCCCCUACGAAGUGAGAGUUAUUCAUACAACACCAUCUCUUUCAGAGGGGACUGUUUUUACAUUUUAAGUCUUGUGCUGAUAAUGCUGUCAUGACCCUUUUCAUGACCCUUGUCAACUUUUUAAUGCGUUUCAUAACACAAAAUUAAACUAAGGAAAACUAAUCAGCUCAGAGAUAUUUCUAACUAAUGUAAACCUAUCUGGAUAAACUAGGCUAUUUUCUGAACUGCCAAAUAGUUAACAUAUGAUGUAACUGUCAAGUCAUACUUUUUAACUUUCCUCUGUGGAUCUACAGUAUAAACUGUCUAUUUUCUAUGUUAGAAUGUUGAGAGUUUCAACUGGACAGCAGAGCUCUUUUUUCAGCGACUAGUGUGACUGAACAAAAACACUCUUAAUAGACUCUCAUAAUUGUGCAACGUGAUUCUGUAGAUUCUGUUCAUAGAAAUACAUUGCAUAGAUUGUGGUUUGAUUAGUCAAUAUUUUAUGCGUAUUUGCUAAUUCAUGGCACUAAUGCACAAUUCAAUACUAAUACACUCUUUCUGAAAUAGUUGAAUAGGUAAAUGUAUUGUUUAACUCAGUUCCAUAAAGCAUUGGCAAGUUGAAAUGUUGAUAUUACUAUUUGCCUGUUGUAUUUGCCUAUUACUAUUUGGAUUUUGCAUUCAAAUGUUUUACGGUUGUUUUAAACAUACCAAAAUAUAUAUUACCAAAUAUGUCCAUUUAUAACCUUAGUUUAUAUCUUAAGAAAUACUAUUUAGAAUUCCCUAUUCCAAUAUUUUUAUGCUACAAAACUGUAUUUAUCUUGACGUUCAUCAGCUAAAUGUGAUACGAUAUCAAGAACUAUGUGUACGUUAGUUAUAUCAUGGUUACUAACUAUGUGUCUGUGUGUUCUGCACGUUUACAAUGAUCCCUUUAAGCCUCUACUGUAUGAGCCAUCCUGCCUGAGAGAGGUAUCCAUAGCACUGCCAUGUUGUUACACAAACAGAAAUAGAAGUACUAGUCUGUACCUAAGCUUGUCGCACCAGUAGUACCUAGAACAGUGUUUCCCGACCAGGGGUACGUGUACCACUAGGGGUACGCGAGCACACUGCAGGGGGUACUUGGAAAAAUGCAAUUUUAACAAAUGCAUGGAGCAAAGUCACACUGGAAUAGAAAAGGCGAUGUAAAAUAUGAGUUAAGGGGUACUCAUGGCACAACGAAAAGGCUUAGGGGGUACAUGAGACAAAAAAGGUUGGAAAACACUUACCUAG